GAAAUCUGGAUGCUCACCAACUUGAUGACAUGCCUCAUAAGCAAUGACGCCAUGAGUCACUGAAAUAGGGAUGAGAAAUCUGAGCUUCAGAAAUGAUGCUCCAUCUUUAACUUGCACAGCAAACAUUCAAAGACCAACCUGCUGAGCAGCAAUCUGUUCCAGUUUAAACUGUUGCUGGUUGAUGGCAGUUUGAGAUGAAAUGACGACAUCCAUGUGGCUGUAGGUCAACCCAGUAACCAUGGAAAGGUCUACAGCUUCUGAUACAGCCUCUGAAAAGCCUAAUCCUUCCCACCACAGUACGGGGACUGUUCAAAUGAGGAACAAAAAUGCCAACAGUCACCACGAUAGACUGAGCCAAAGCAAAUCUAUGAUUUUGUCAGAGAAUGUGAAAGUCCCUGAGCCUGGAAGUCGUCAUAGAAGAAAUCAUUCCCAGCAUAACUUAACACUUGCAAAUAUCAUUAGUACACAGGACCACACAGUAGUGGAGAAAGAAGGAUAUCUUCUAAAAGCUAAAAUAGCAGAUGGUGGGAAGAAAUUAAGGAAAAACUGGUCCACAUCCUGGGUUGUUCUCACUGCUCGGAAAAUGGAAUUCUAUAAAGAAUCCAAGCAGCCAGCCCUGGCCAACCUGAAACCAGGAUAUAAACCUGAGUGCGUGGAUUUGUGUGGUGCUUGCAUUGAGUGGACCUCAGAGAAAUCCAGCAGAAAGAAUGUCUUUCAGAUCACGACAGUGUCAGGAAAUGAGUUUCUCCUCCAGUCAGAUAUCGACUUUCUCAUACUGGAUUGGUUCCACGCUAUCAAAAAUGCAAUUGACAGAUUGCCAAAAGAACGGAGUUGUACAUCGAGAAAUUUGGAGUUCAAACUCAGAAGAUCCUCCAGCAUCGAAUUACUGAAUAGCUUAGACACUGAAUCCAAAGAACCAAAGCCUGAACACAGAAAAUCUUUAAUUUUCAGACUGAACUACAGUGCCUCUGACACAAAUGACAGAAACCGAGUUAAAAGCAGAUUAAAGAAGUUCAUCUCCCGAAGGCCCUCCUUGAAAACAUUGCAAGAAAAGGGACUUAUUAAAGAUCAAAUUUUUGGCUCCCAUUUGCACUUGGUUUGUGAGCAUGAGAAAUCUACAGUCCCCCAAUUUGUAAGACUGUGUAUAAAAACUGUUGAAAGAAGAGGUCUAGAUGUUGAUGGAAUAUACAGAGUUAGCGGCAAUCUGGCAACAAUACAGAAGUUACGAUUUGUUGUCAAUCAGGAAGAGAAGCUGAAUUUGGACGACAGCCAGUGGGAGGACAUCCACGUUGUCACCGGAGCACUCAAGAUGUUUUUCAGAGAGCUGCCUGAGCCGCUGUUCCCAUAUUGCUUCUUUGAACAGUUUGUGGAGGCGAUAAAAAUCCAGGACAACGCCACUCGCAUCAAAUCAAUAAGGACCCUGGUAAAAAAGCUCCCUAGACCAAACUAUGAGACAAUGAAAAUCCUUUUUGAACAUCUAAAGAAGAUAGCAGCCAAGGAACCCGUGAAUCUUAUGUCAACACAAAGCUUAGGAAUUGUGUUUGGACCAACACUGCUUAGACCUGAAAAGGAGACAGGGAACAUGGCAGUCCACAUGCUGUACCAAAAUCAGAUAGUUGAACUUAUGUUGAGCGAGUACAGCAAGAUCUUCGGCUCUGAGGAAGACUGACAGACAGGGCCUGUUAUUGAAAGCAUUCACAUCUGUCUUGAUGUCUAAUAUUUUUACAUUUCUGUAAACAUAUUUCUGAAAUAUUUCUUUUUCUUUCAAGUAACAGAUGCCUCAUUUUGUGAAAACUUAAUGAUGAUUUUGUGUUUAAUUUUCAAACAUUUGAAUAAAAAAUAUUGUCAACAUUUGCCUAUAUGUAUUCUGCAUUAACCCUUUGAGAGUUUCAUUAUGCUAGCACUCCAAGUGUCUUUUUUUUUUUUUUGCAAGCUGAGCAUACAGCAUAUGGCCAAAGACCAUAGAAAAUGCUGUUUA